AUGGAUAAAGAACCAACCGAACCAACAUCAAACAGUAGUCAGGGGAGCCGUAGCUCCCGCGGGUCGCAGCAAGGCGCCGACCUGUACAAAAUAGAUCUACACCCAUACACACGUCCAGUCGCACAUGAACGGAACACUCGAGCACCUAAAGUCCCCGUGAAGAAGGAUUCACGUGGGUCUGACGCUACAUACCAAAAGGCACUCGAAGCAGUGUCUGCUCAGGAGAGUUCUAGCGACGAUCAGAAACGCGCCCCCGCGUCUGCGGCGGGAGGCAGCGAGGUGAACCAACAGGAGGUCACCACAGAAGGAAGGUCUUCUGGUCAACCGAUUGAAACGGAACCCACAUCACAAAAGGAUGUGGAGGUCAGUCCCGCCGAAACGGAGCAGGAUAAGGAGGCGGGUCCUGCAAAACCGAACAAGAAAACGGAAAUGGAACUGAACGAACUCAGUUUGGAUGACCUUUCACUCAAUGAAGAUAUCACACUUGACGAUCUCUUCGAGAGUCCGAUGAGUUUCGAGGAAAUGAUGCGGAGUGAUAACUUCAACCGGGGAAACGAAACGUACUUCACCAAUGACGACACGACAAUGCACAUGUCAUUCCAUACGGCAAUGAAGGAAGCCGAUCGGGCGCAAGGACUGACUCCGUUUAAAGAUAUUCCCGAACAUCUGAUUGAACGUAAUCAGAUCGGGAAGAUCGUCAACGUUCGAUCCCCAUCUCCAAACAGCCCUACGUCUAACAUGAAGACGCGUAUCCGAGAAUUGGAAAGGUCAUUGGAGGAAAAGGAAGGUCAAGUCCUCCAGAAAAAAGAGGAAUAUCGGAAUCGGUUAGGAUCUCUUGAAGCUCGCAUCUACGAAUUGGAACAACACCAAGGCGUUCUUGAGAGCUCAGCGGACGAAUGGAAAAUCCGAUAUGAACGUCAAAAGCAAAUUGCAGAAGAAUCCGAGAAAAUCGCUGACGAUAGAGAAAUGGAAGGAAUAAUGGCUAUGAGCGACCUUAACGAGAGCAUGUCCGAAGAGACAGCUGAAAGGUCACGGCACUUAGCCGAAUUGAGGGAUCGGUGUGAUGAGUUGAAGCAAAAGGUCAUCGAAGCCGAAUCGAAACGGGAUGAAUAUGCAAAGAACUUGACUGACCUUACACAGCGAUUAACAACCGGAACAACCGAGAUCCAUCAGCUCAGGAAGGACCUAAAGCUGCGGGAUGAAAGCAUCGAAACCCUCCGAAACGAAUUUCAGGCACAUCAGAAACGAGCUGAUGAGGCCAUCCAAGCGGCAAAAGAGCUGACAGAUCUCACAGCUACCGAAGAGCUGCUCGCCAUGACGACAACGGCAAUGGCCAACGAAGAUGAGGCCACCACACUGAAAGGUCAGUUGAAACGUGCAGCCGAUGCAUUCACCGAAUUGGAUCAGCAGGUGGAGACUUUAAAAGACGUAAAUAAACAGAAGGAAAGCCGGAUGAUCAACCUUGAGAACUAUGCACAUAGGUUUAAACAAGAAAGGGAUCAAUUGAAAAAGGAGAAAGCGGAACUCAUCGAUCGGGUUAAACGACUGGAGGAUGAAAACAAAGGACUCUAG